AUGCAGCUGAAGGACAAACUAAAUGAAAUUGAAAAUAGCAAGUUAUAUUGUCUUGAAGGUGCUGGUAAAAAGUGCUUUUUUCUUGAAGAGGAAAUGAGACUUUAUACUGAUGAUUAUAUUGAAGGUCAUCCAGGUGAUCAAGAAAAUGAGUCUUUUCUUUUAGUAUUUGACUUAUUUAAAGCACAUCUUACUAAUCCAGUUAAGACAAAGUUAUGUAAAAACAAUAAUGAUCUGGCAGAAAUUAAUUCUGAAAUUAUUCAGCAUGCCUUUUGUAAGUGUUUUAUUUCUAAUAUAAUGGAUGGAUUAGAAAAUAACAAAAUAUAUAGGGAUGAAAUUCUUAGUAAUAAAAAAGAUCAUGAUACAAUUAUUGAGAAAGAUGCAAUUAUUAAAAAAGAUGCAAUUAUUAAAGAAGAUGCAAUUAUUGAUAAAGAUGCAAUUAUUGAGAAAGAUGAAGAA